GGAAAGAAAAUGCAGCGACAAAACCAAAGAGGAAUAACAGAGACCUUUUUCCGCGGGGAGCAUAAGAGUAUAGAAACCUUGAAAAUGGAGACCCCACUAAGUUGUAGACGUCUUAUUUCAAAAGACAUUCCACUGUACCCCAAAGCUGACAGAGCGGAAUUUCACGUGGACAAAGUCUGUCAUGUAACCACUCCAACAGGCCUGACAGGAAUCAUGGAUCUGAGUGGAUUUACAGCAGGGCAAACAGGGGGUUUCACAUGGUGGGCUCUUCACAUUACAGAAGGGGAAAUUGAGGCAGCAGAGAAUCGCUUCCUUGAAAAGGAACAGCUUUCCUUUGACCCAACAACGGGUCAAGAACAAAGACACAAUCCAUUCCUGAAGGAAUUCACCACCUCCCCUGUCUUCCAAAAGGGAUCUCGGUACGGGAACUUUAAGUUGACCUUCCCCUUGGAGGAUCUCAUGCAGAUGUACACAGAGCAGAUCUGUGAGGGAGAGAAGCCUGUCCUGAGAGUCUAUGAAACCGUGGUUUACAAGCAGGAGAUCAUGUACGUUGUGGUUGUCCACGGUCCAGAUGUGACAGAGUUUGAUGAGUACCCACUUCUUGCUGAUGAGAAUGAUGAGGCAAUAUGCAUUUAUAAAGAUGGUCAAAUUGUCUGGCGUGCAGAAGCAAUAUGUGAAACCCAUACAAAGAAGCUGAUCAUCAACAGAGAGAGUGGAACAGUUGAAACAGAAGAACUUGGACGUGGUUUUGAGUAUUUCAUGUGGGACCAUGUGACCCUGGCAUUCCAUCUGCCAGCUGACCGCACCCUCCCAGUUGAAGAGGGAGUAUUAAAGGAUAGACUCCAAGCAUGUGAGGGUAUCAGACCUUUUCUCCAGGAUGAGUGUUUAACACUAGAGGAGGCAGAAGCAGUAGUCAAUGCCAUAAAGAACUCUAUAUAGGGACAGUGCUAGUGACAGUGCUAUAUGGGGACAGUGCUAUAUGGGGACAGUGCUAUAUGGGGACAGUGCUAUAUGGGGACAGUGCUAGUGACAGUGCUAUAUGGGGACAGUGCUAGUGACAGUGCUAUAUGGGGACAGUGCUAUAUGGGGACAGUGCUAUAUGGGGACAGUGCUAUAUGGGGACAGUGCUAGUGACAGUGCUAUAUGGGGACAGUGCUAGUGACAGUGCUAUAUAGGGACAGUGCUCGUGACAGUGCUAUAUAGGGACAGUGCUCGUGACAGUGCUAUAUAGGGACAGUGCUCGUGACAGUGCUAUAUAGGGACAGUGCUCGUGACAGUGCUAUAUGGGGACAGUGCUAGUGACAGUGCUAUAUGGGGACAGUGCUCUUGACAGUGCUAUAUGGGGACAGUGCUAUAUGGGGACAGUGCUCGUGACAGUGCUAUAGGGGGACAGUGCUAGUGACAGUGUGUUAAGGGAAUUUUUUAUCUAUAAUGACUAAUUAUGUAUACAUUUCAAUCAGGAUGUACUAAUCAGAAUACUAUUAUGUUACUGUAUAUGUACUAAUCAGAAUAAUAUUAUGUUACUGUAUUAUAUUAAAUUAUAUUAAAUUGGUAGGGAGAUGGAUGUGGGAAGGCUGGAGAUACAGCCUUUGUACUGGAACGGAGAUGACACGGGUUGGUGUUUGAGCUAAUGACGUCAUUUUCAGUUUAUAACCUGUGGUAACCUGUAUCGUGGCAGUACUCUCGUGAAUAAAGGCUGCUAUUUGACUUUAA